AUGGCGGUUUUUCUUAGAAGCAUUUCAGAAGAAAUAUAUAUUGGAGAGCAGUUUAUUACUCAGAUGAAGCAUGAUUUCUUUAAUCUGAUUCAGGGUGGUAAAUCGGUGUACGAUUAUGAAUGUGAGUUUAAUAAACUUGCUCGAUAUGCCUCAGAGAUGAUUCCCACUGAAAGAGAUAUAUGUCAAAAAUUUAUUCGAGGUCUUCGUCCCAGACUCAAGGAACUUCUGUUGGCUGUGAACUUGACCACUUUUCAGGAAGUUUCAUCGUCAUCUUUUCAGUCUAAAAGAGGUCGAGGUUCUGGUUAUCGAUAUCAAAAUAAAACUGAAAGUGGUGCUUCUAGUCGUAAAGGAUUUGAGGCAAAAGAAAAAGGCCGACAGACUCAGAUGACAGUUUCAGGAGCCAGUAGAUCAGCUCGAUCACAGGAUCAGAUAUUGCCAUGUCAGUAUUGUGGUAAAAAUCACCCUGGAGUUUGUAGAAUGAAGACUGGAGCUUGUUUCCGUUGUGGAGAUACCAAUCACUUUGUCAGAGAUUGCCCUUUAAUUGGGGAGAGAUCAGUGCAGACAGAAAGGUCUGUAGCAGUAUCUCAGAGAGGCGAUAGAGGCAGAGGCAGAGGUAGAGGGAGGGGGUACUCUGAGACAACCUCUCAGUCCGACGUUCGUGCUCCAGCGAGAAUUUAUAACAUCAAGACUAAUGAUGAUCGUGACGACCCAGAGAUCAUAGCAUGUACUUUCUAUCUUUAUGAUGAGCCUGUAUUUGUUUUGAUUGAUUCGGGUUCUACGCGUUCCUAUGAUGGCUCCAACGGAACUCAGAGAACUAAAGGCGCAAUUACAGGAGCUAUUAGAUCGAGUUUUAUUAUACCGAGUGUAUCUCCUUGGGGUGCACCAGUAAAAGCAGAACACCAAGUACCUUCGGGGUUGUUACAACCUAUCUCAAUUCCUCGAUGGAAAUGGGAACCGGUUACCAUGGAUUUUGUGACAGGUUUACCUUUGACACCUAGUAAGAAAGAUUCGAUCUGGGUGAUAGUGGAUAAAUUGACAAAGACAACACAUUUUAUCCCAGUUCGAGAAGAUUAUUCUAUGAACAAGUAUGCUGAGUUAUAUAUCAGAGAAAUAGUAUGA